GAAAAAAAAAACUAUAAAGAGUAGCUUCCUAUUUUACAAGACCUCGCUCUCUUUCAGAAAUCCAAAUCACACCAGGUGGGCAAUACAGAGUAAGAUCUGAUGUACUCGCUGGUGGAUCUUUAUUUAACGCAAGAUCAUGAUGGCCCUUGAAAAUAAAGAAACUAUUCAAAGGAGCUGUGAGGCAUCCUUAAAAUGCCUUCCUAGCGGAUUGCCUUGUGGGAAUUCAGUUGAUGGCUUUCCAGAGCUUAAAGAAGAAACCAAUGCGUGCUCAGGUGGGGAUGUUGUGGAACCAGUUCACUCAAUAAGCAGCGAAUUUCUUGAACAUCCUAGUGAAUUUCAAAGCAAACCUACCUACCAUCAUGAUUUUGGCUCAUGGUCAACCUUCUAUCCUGAAUCUCAAAAGGCUCAGCAAUGUCAAAUGAAUUGCUUUGAGAAUCAAGUUUAUCCCUUUCCUAUGGAAACUCGAUUUCAGUAUGCCCCAUCUAAUAUAUAUUCCCAAGGUUACCCCUAUGAGUUUCAGUUCCAAGAUUUUCAGUAUUUUGUUGUCAUAGACUUUGAGGCUACUUGUGACAAGGAAAAAAAUCCCCAUCCCCAGGAGAUAAUUGAGUUUCCAUCUGUCAUUGUGAGCAGUGUAACUGGCCAAUUAGAAGCAUGUUUCCAGACAUAUGUACGACCAACUUGCAAUCAGCUCCUAAGUGAUUUCUGCAAGGAUCUGACUGGUAUCCAGCAAAUCCAGGUGGACAGAGGUGUCACACUUAGUGAGGCUCUCCUUAGGCAUGACAAAUGGCUUGAGAAAAAGGGGAUAAAAAACACCAACUUUGCUGUGGUUACGUGGUCAAACUGGGAUUGCCGGGUGAUGCUGGAAUCUGAGUGCCGAUUUAAGAAGAUCAGGAAGCCUCCUUACUUUAAUCGGUGGAUCAACCUGAAAGUUCCUUUCUGUGAGGUAUUUGGUGGUGUUAGGUGCAAUCUAAAGGAGGCUGUGGAGAUGGCAGGUCUAACGUGGCAAGGCCGUGCUCACUGUGGACUGGAUGAUGCCAAAAACACAGCUCGACUACUUGCCCUCCUCAUGUGCAGGGGUAUCAAAUUCUCCAUCACAAACUCGCUAAUUUGGCAGACAACUGAUGGUUCAUUGUCAUGGAAGCCAUCCGUUGACCACCUGUCCCCACUACAGCAACCCUACAAACUGAGAGAAAUGCAUAUUCCUGUUUUCCAGUAUCACCCUUUCUGUUACUGUGGAGUGAAGAGCAGCAAAGGCAUGGUUCGGAAGCCCGGGCCAAAGCAAGGGAGCCUUUUCUUUGGCUGUGGCAAUUGGAGUGCUGCUAGGGGUGCUCGCUGUCAUUACUUUGAAUGGGCAUCUACCUGACUGAAAAUAUGGAAAGACCUGUUUAUGUUUCGCCAUUGCGUCCUAUAAUCUUUUGGUGAUGUAAUAUUGUAAAAAUGAAAAAGAAGGGAUGGAAAGGAAUGUAGUGGCCUAGUGGGUUGUCUCCUAAUAGAAGCUUUUUUUUUUUUGAGGUUUGUGCAUGAUAGAGAGGGUAAAGCACAAAUAGUUGGUUCAGUUGCUCAGAAGUGUGUUAAACAUCCAAAGUAGGGAGCUACAACCUGUAAAGCUGACUUGUUGACUGGAGAACCAAUUGGGAAUUUGCGAGGAAUCUGUAGUUAGGAUGAUGAGUUUUUCAUGCUCAUACAUGCUAAAUUAUCAUUAUCAUUAUCAUAAAUAAACUGUGAGAUAGAGACAACUGAGUUCCUAUGGAUUGGUAAUGGCAGUAUGGGUAGAAAUGGUUGCCCUCGGUUC